AUGACGUCCUGCUGUGCUUCGUGUCAGGACGUCCUGAAGGAUCCAGUCUCCACCAGCUGUGGACACUGGUUCUGCAGACAGUGCAUCACCUCAUACUGGGACCAGUCUGGUUCUUCAGGAGACUCCUCCUGUCCCCAGUGUGGAAAAAGAUCCAGAACAGGAGCUGGAGCAGAUCGCGGUCUACAGGAGGUUUUAGAUGAACAUCAGCUCAGUCUGAGGAGGAGAUGUGAACAUGUGACUGAAGGAAGUGAUGAAACAGGAAGUAGAACCCUCCUCAACAGGAUCUACACUGAGCUCUACAUCACAGAGGGACAGAGUGAAGAGGUUAAUACUCAACAUGAGGUGAGGCAGCUUGAGACGGCUUCCAAGAAGAAGAUCCUCCACGACACUCCCAUCAGGUGCCACGACAUCUUUAAAGCCUCCACUGACCAGCAGAGCAGCAUCAGAGUCGUCCUGACCAUCGGCGUCGCUGGCGUUGGAAAAACCUUCUCGGUGCAGAAGUUCACUCUGGACUGGGCAGAGGGUUUAGAGAACCAGGAUGUGGAUCUGCUGACUGUGCUUUCGUUCAGGGAGCUGAACCUGGUGAAGGACCAGCAGCACAGUCUCCUCACGCUGCUCCGUGUUUUCCAUCCAGCGUUACAGAAGCUCACGGCAGAGACGCUCGCUGUCUGUAAACCUUUGUUCAUCUUUGACGGCCUGGAUGAAAGCAGACCUUCUCUGGACUUCAACCACAGGGAGCUUGUGUCUGAGGUCACACAGAGGUCAUCAGUCAACGUGCUGCUGACAAACCUCAUCCGGGGGAAUCUGCUUCCCUCGGCUCUCGUCUGGAUAACCUCCAGACCUGCGGCGGCCAAUCAGAUCCCUCCUGCAUGUGUCGACAGGGUCACAGAAGUACGAGGCUUCACUGACGCCCAGAAGGAGAAGUACUUCAGGAGGAGAUUCAGUGAUGAAGAGCUGUGCAGCAGAAUCAUCUCACACAUCAAGACGUCCAGGAGCCUCCACAUCAUGUGUCAAAUCCCAGUCUUCUGCUGGAUCAGUGCUACAGUUCUGGAGCACAUGUUGACCACAGAGAAGAGAGGAGAGCUGCCCAAGACCCUGACUGACCUGUACUCACACUUCCUGCUGGUUCAGACAAAGAGGAAGAACAACAAGUACGGUGAGGGACAUGAGACGACUCCACAGCAGCUGACGGAGGCUGACAGGGACGUUCUCCUGAAGCUGGGGAGGCUGGCACUUAAACAUCUGGAGGAAGGAAACAUCAUGUUCUACCAAGAAGACCUGGAGCGGUGUGGUCUUAAUGUCACAGAGGCCUCUGUGUACUCAGGAGUUUGUACUGAGAUCUUCAGAAGAGAGGGUGUGAUCUUCCAGAAAUCAGUCUACUGCUUUGUUCAUCUCAGUGUUCAGGAGUUCCUGGCUGCAGUCUACAUGUUCCAUUGUUACACCACGAGGAACACAGAAGAACUCAACAACUUCUUGGGAACAUAUGGGGACACAGACAGUACCUCCUCCCUGGAUCACCUCCUGAAGAGAACCAUGAAGAAAUCUCUCACCAGUACAAAUGGUCAUCUGGACCUGUUUGUUCGCUUCCUUCACGGCCUCAGUCUGGAGUCCAACCAGAGAGUCUUAGGAGGCCUGCUGGGUCGGACAGGGAACAAUCCAAAGAUCAUCCAGAGAGUCAUCAACAACCUGAAGAAGAUGGAGAGUGGUGACAUUUCUCCUGACAGAAGCAUCAACAUCUUCCACUGUCUGACUGAGAUGAACGACCACUCAGUUCAUCAGCAGAUGAAACAGUUCCUGACAUCAGAGAACAGAUCAAAGGAGAAACUCUCUGAGAUCCACUGCUCAGCUCUGGCCUACAUGCUGCAGAUGUCAGAGGAGGUUCUGGAUGAGUUGGACCUGAAGAAGUUCAACACAUCAGACCAGGGUCGACUGAGACUGAUCCCAGCUGUGAGGAACUGCAGGAAGGCUCGACUCGGUUUUUGGCGACUCUCGGAGACUCACUGUGAAGUCGUGGCCUCAGCGCUGAAGUCAGACCCCUCACAUCUGAGAGAACUGGAUCUGAGUCUCAACGAGCUGCAGGACUCAGGAGUGAAGCUGCUGUGUUCUGGACUGGAGAGUCCAAACUGUCGACUGGAGACUCUGAGGUCCUUAAAUCCUUCUUCACUUUUCAGACUUUCUUUCUUAUUGGGUCAUUAUUUAUUUAACUUGUCUCAGUUCUGCUCUGCUCACUGUCCCUCAGUCGUCUGUCCCUCACCCAGCCUGUCAGUCACGUCCACCUCAUCAACUCCAUUCACCUGCACUCACCUGCUCCUGAUCACUAAGAACGUGUCAGUAAAUAACAUGUGGACUGAGGCCGAGCACUCGUCCUCCUCAGGUUUUCAAAAUAAGACACAUUCUUAUUGAA